AUGAAAUCCAAAGAAGUAGCUGUUGGGUGGUCGCCGGUGACGGGUCAAGACGGUAGUCCCACCGAUAUUUACGAGGUCGACUAUAUCCUCGACCAACGCGGCUCAGGCGAAGAUACCCAAUAUCUUGUCAAAUUCCGCGGUGCUCCCGAGGAUCAUGCGACUUGGGAGCCUGCUGCCAACCUUACCAACUGCCCCGCCCUUCUUCGUGCUUGGCGACAUUAUCUGAGGCGCGCAAGGAAAGCAAAGCGGGGACUCCAGGACAUCGCCCCCGGCUCUGGUGACACCGCCUCAGCAUCGGCCUCAUCGCCGACGUUUCUCUCGCCCGGGGGGCAAGGAGUGGAGCGGAACCCUCCGGCAGCCGCACCACUCACAGCAAAGGACAGCUUACAUCCAGCACUGAAGGAGUGCGAGCCAGCGAAACACAUCGAGGAACUCGUCGGACUCUGA